AUGCUUCCAAGAAUCUCUCCUCUCUCUCGUCUUCGUCUUCUUCACCACAUGGGUACCCCCACCUCUCUCUCUUCUUUGCCUUUUCCACUUCACUGUCAUUGCACCAAAGCAACAAAUUUUGAGUCGCAUAGCAACAGAACCCAGUUCCUGAAUUCAAUGAGAAACCAAUUCAAUUUAGGUAAACUGAACAACAUUGACAAAGCUUUGAACUUUUUUCAUAUCAUGUCUAGAAUGAGCCCCUUGCCUUCUGUAUUAGACUUUACUUUGUUAUUAGGGUUUAUUGUGAGGAUGAAGCAUUACACAGCUGCUAUAUCUUUGGUUAAACAAAUGUAUUGUUCUCUAGGUAUAAAGCCUGAUACUUUUACUCUCAAUGUUGUUAUCAAUUCACUUUGCCAUUUAAAGUUGGUUGCUUUUGGGUUUUCUGUUUUGGGGACUAUGUUUAAACUUGGUAUUGAGCCUUCUGUUGUGACUUUUACAACUCUUGUUAACGGUUUUUGUGUUCGGGGCGAUGUGGGUCGGGCCGUGGAGUUGGUUGACAGGAUGGAAAAGAUGGGGUAUCGGUCUGAUGUUAAAACUUAUGGGGUGUUGAUUAAUGGGUUAUGUAAGAUGGGGGAAACUUCUGAAGCUGUUGGGUGGUUAAGGAAGAUGGAAGAGAGAAAAUGGAACCCUAAUGUGGUGGUUUAUAGCACAAUUAUGGAUGGUUUAUGUAAGGAUGGAUUGGUAUCCGAGGCGUUGAAUUUGUGUUUGGAAAUGAGUGGCAAGGGUAUUCGGCCUAAUCUUGUGACUUACACUUGCUUGAUUCAAGGUCUUUGUAAUUUUGGGCGUUGGAAAGAGGCUGGUUCGCUGUUGGAGGAGAUGAUGAGAACAGGAACGAUGCCGGAUUUGCAAACGCUUAAUAUUUUAGUGGAUGCUUUAUGCAAAGAAGGUAAAGUUAUGCAGGCGAAAAGUGUGAUUGGGUUUAUGAUUAUGUUAGGGGAAGCGCCGGAUGUAUUUACCUAUAAUUCUUUGAUUGAUAGAUAUUGUUUGCGAAAUCAAAUGAACGAGGCCACAAGAGUAUUUGAAAUAAUGGUUGGAUUCACUCCUGAUGUUGUCACAUGGACCACUCUCAUAGGUGGAUUUUGUCAAGUCGGUAGACCAUUAGCUGCAAAGAAACUGUUUUUAAAUAUGCACAAGUACGGGCAAGUUCCUAAUCUUCAAACUUGUGCUGUUAUAUUGGAUGGACUGUGUAAAUGCCAACUUCUUUCUGAGGCAUUAUCGUUGUUUCGGGCAUUAGAGAAGAGUAAUCUAGAUCUUAAUAUUGUGAUGUAUAGCAUUAUACUUGACGGAAUGUGCGGUGCUGGAAAACUGAAUGCUGCAUGGGAACUUUUUUCCUGUUUGCCUGCUAAAGGUUUGCAGAUUAACGUUUAUACUUACACCAUUAUGAUUAACGGUUUCUCUAAACAAGGAAUGUUGGAUAAAGCUGAAGAGUUAUUGAUGAAUAUGGAAGAGAAUGGAUGCAUGCCUAAUAGUUGCACUUACAAUGUCUUUGUCCAAGGUUUGGUGGCAAAAAGAGAGACUGCAAGGUCAAUAAAAUACCUUACAGUGAUGAGAGACAAAGGUUUUUCUGUAGAUGCUGCCUCCACAGAAAUGAUUAUCAACUACUUAUCCGCUAACGGAGGAGACAAUGGAUUUCGAGAAUUUUUGUUUCCGAAGUAA